AUGUUAAAUGCUAAUGUAGCACAGAAAUCACAAGACCGAUUAUCGUAUAAUUAACUCAUUAUUUAUGUUAAACCCAGUGACCUCAGUGAAUCAGCUAUAUGCUUAUCCUCAAUACGUUCACGAUACUUCUACAAGUGGCGUUCAUUGUGUUUAUGUCACUGCUUUCCAUGAACAUUAUUCGUCACUUCACUAGCGCGAGGAAAAUGGCUUUGAUCGCUCCAGCAUUGUUCGUGAACCAUGGAGGCGGUCCCAUGCCGCUUUUGGGGGACAAGGAUCACGCAGGUCUUACGAACUUUCUCAGAGACGGUGUGAAGAAACAUGUCGACUUUAAAAACGUUAAAGCGAUCAUUUUAGUGACCGCGCAUUGGGAGGAAAAUAAGGUGACUAUAUCUUCUGGUAAUCAUCACGAUUUAUAUUUCGAUUACUAUGGUUUUCCGCCAGAAUCGUACAAGUAUAGGUAUGAUGCGCCUGGCGAUCCGAAGUUAGCUGCGCGCAUUCAAGAGACAUUGAAGAAAAGUGGCAUAGACUCGCGUCUUGAUCCUUCGCGAGGCUGGGACCAUGGAGUCUUCGUCCCAAUGAUUUUAAUCAACCCUGAAGCUAACAUACCUAUAAUACAGGUAUCUGUGCUAAGCAAUCAAGACCCGGAGCAGCAUUAUAAGCUUGGACAAGCUUUGCAUCAAUUCAGAAAAGAAGGUGUUGCUAUAAUUGGCUCCGGAAUGUCAUACCAUAAUAUGAGAGAGUUUUUCAACAGUCGUAGAGCUGGGCAGGUUAUAAAUAAGGAGUUUGAUGACUAUUUGAAUGAUGUCUGUACAGCGGAGGAGGAAAAACGGAAAGAAGGGCUGAUAUCUUGGAGAGAGGCAACGGGGGCUAAUGAAGCUCAUCCCCCACGCGCAGCGGAGCAUUUUAUGCCUCUUGUUGUGAUAGCGGGUGCUGGGGGAUCCAAGCCUGGCGAGAGGAUUUUCAAUUGGGACAUGAGUGGUGUCUUCAGGUUAAGUGCUUUUAUAUGGAAGGAGGAGUGAACAUGGUAUUCUGUUCCUGAUAUGUUUACGCUUACUACAACAGCGAGUUAAAGUAUUGUUUAAGUGCAAGAUAAACUGAAAAUACACAUUCACACAUUUUCAAACAAAAAAGCUAAAGUAUUAUAGGUGGACUUUUAUAAUUUAGGGCUAAAACACAAUUACAUGAUGCGUCAAUUUUAUGCUACCGCACCGUGUCAUCGUGUUUUGGCCCUUACUUAGAUAAAAAAUAAUAUUUAAUUUAACACACCAAAUGCAAGAAUACACAUUUAUAACAUGUGUAACUUUUAACCUUUUUGACGCUGUGUCAAACAACAGCUGUCAUCCAAACGCCACGGCACAGAAGUGACAAAACUGAAAUUGGACUUUAUGCAUGUGCAUAUACUCUUUGUUGCUCUGUGGUCUAUGACGGAUUAAUCGGUUUUUGGCGUUGAACCUACGGUGCAUAUACUGUCCGCGCGUGAAUUUAAUGUUAGGAAUGUUGGGCGUCAUGCCAGAGUGGUGUCAUUUUGUACGUACGGGUGCGGCGCACACCCCCCACUUCCUUGACCUCCGAAUGCACGGAAUUCUCGCGCGGACAGUAUAUCGGUCAUUGGCGUCCAAAAGGUUAACACAUUUUUAUGCACCAAUACAAGCAUCAUGAUCACUAUUUUACAUAAUUUCUCCCUCACUACCAUAAGUGGCACACAAUAUGUUUUAUAUUGUACAGCGAACUGCAAAAUUGCAUGGAUACAUUAUGAAUGGAAUCCCUUCAUAAAUAGCCAUGCACUUUUGCAGCUAGCUCUAUGUCAUUGCCAACAAAGCUUCUGCCAGGUAACCUUGCUAGUGUCCAACCAUGUGAAUGGAUGCUUAAAUGACUGUGAUCUUGCCAGGUGAUUUUAUACAGCAUCAAAUGUAUACUUUGUGAUUAAAAUUUAAAGCAAUAAUCUUUUGCAUAAUACAAGAAAAUACAAUUAAAAAGACUGCUAUGGGACUGAAGUAUUAAAGUAGAAAGCGAUACAUUUUAUUGAUGCUUCUUUUUACAUACCUUUGUAAGUACAGUUUCAGAGCAAACUAGCUACUCGUUUUAAAAUGAGAGGGUAACUAUGUUUGUAUUUUUGUAUGGAGAACCGAGCUUGCCCGGGACCCUUAAUACACUUUAAAAAUGGAAAGGAUACAUCAUAACACUUUAAACUUUCGCGUUUUGUACACAUAAUUAAUGUAAUUACCAGGUCUAACGCGAUUAAAUUUCAUUUUUUGGGGAAUUUUCUAUGAAAAGGGACCUUAUUGUCGAUGGAGCUUACGCCGCACAGCGUCGCGCGGCAUUGUAUUUAUUUCGGAGCAUCGUUUAUAAUGGCGUAAGCGCCAUCGACAAUAAGGUCCCUUUUUAUAGAAAAUACCACAUUUUACCUUUUUUCCGACGGUUCAACUAGGUUGCACUAGCUAGGUCGCGGAAGACUGUGUGUGUAGCUGUGGUGUGGUUUAAUCGCGUUAGAACCGGUAAUGUAAUGACAUUAAUUAAGGAUACAUCACUAGGGUUUGGGGCCUUGGGGCAUAAGAUAAGACGAUAACUAACAAUGAAAUUACCUACUUAAUAUCACAAGACACUAUGAGAUUUGUUUAGUUCUUGUUAAUGAGCAUAAUGGUGGUCCCACACUGGCAUUUAGGUAACACUAGCGACCCGCCCCGGCUUCGCACGGGUGCAAUGCUGAUGUAUUAAACUUAUAAACCUUCCUCUUGAAUCACUCUAUUUUAAAAAACCGCAUCAAAAUCUGUUGCGUAGUUUUAAAGAUCUAAGCAUACACAGGGACAGACAGACAGCAGGAAGCGACUUUGUUUUAUACAUAUUGAUUGUAUGACAGGGACUACAUAAUCAAACACUAUCAUGUUCCAAGUAUAUUGUGCUAUUUUACCGCACUAGUGCGGUAAUUAGCACUUUACGUGCCUAUGUCGAAAAUUUAAAGGCCCAUAUAUACCUACUGUAAAACGUACGAUACACGUGUGACUAGGUAAUUUCCUAUUUUUCGCACUUCUAUCGUAAUGUACUAAUAACAGCCAGUUUGUGCCCACCAUAAUAUACCUUAUUUAUAUAGUCAAAGGACUCUCAUUUCAAACAUAGACAGAGAGAAUCAUAAUAUCUUUGUCUUACAUUAGUACUAGCACCCAAAAGAAAAGGAUGAGUAUAGAUUGUUUUUGUUCUUAUUUACUGCCAAUUUGGUUUGACCAACUAUAAUUAAGUAUGACUGUUAUACAAGUCUUACAUGGAAGUUAAGAAUAAAGUACUUUUGUUGUAAGGUAUAGCACGCCUGACGCAGUUAUUUACUUUUAAGAAUAAUAAUAUACACAUUUG